GAACAACUUGUCCUUUACUUCUCAGCUCUCCGCAUUGUCUGGCGGUCGGUGCAGGCGGCGACGGCAAGGCAUUGUGUGCAAAUAGGUGCAAAGCGGACGACGAGAAGACAGCAGUAAACGAACGACUGUUUCCCCACCACAUUCACUCUUUAUAUUUCGAUCUCCUCGCGCCUCCCUAUCAUGUCCGCGGUAGCGUCCUACACGAUGGCCGACAUGCAACCCGCAUCUCCCGCGACCCCCACGUUCCAGCCGACGCAGACGGCACGAUUACAGAAUGGCAUCAGAGGCCAGGCAUCACCCUUCCCGACCACGCCAACAGCGAGCCAGAUGAACACAUUUCUCGAGCCGCCAUCCGGCAUGAGCUACGCGGACUUUAUCAGGACCUGGAACGACACCCAUGUCGCGCGCUGGCUCUCCGAGAUCAAGUGUGGCGGGCAUGCGGCGACGUUCCGGGAGAACGACAUUCGCGGGGACGUGCUCCUCGAGCUCGAUCAGGCGACACUCAAGGAGAUGGGUAUCGCGUCUAUCGGGGAUCGCCUGCGCAUCGUGAACGCGGUCAAGACGCUCCGCCAGCGAUCCGCCGCGAAGGCGGUCACAAUACAGACGCCCCACGUUCACCUCCCCUCCAUUGACAUCGCGUCCCCUGUGUCGAAGCACUCCUCGCGCGGUCGUCCGGCGCCACUUCAGCUCUCCCAGCAAAACCGAAGCGACCUCCCCCGCGUAAUUCCAUCCCAGGCGCCCGAUUCCGCACGGUUGCAACGACCCAAUGGCACUCCUCCCUCCCGCCUUCCUCCAGUGCCGCCAGCUCCCCGCGGCCAGCCGCCCCCUGUGCCGGCUGGUCGUGUCCCCGCCGCGCGCAACGGUCGGCGCACCCCCACGCAGGAACCCAACCCUCCACCGGCAUACACCAAUCAGGCCCUGCCACCCGCACCCAAUGGGCAGACAACGCCUCAAUGGGCGGGCUAUCACCUCCCCACUGACCCUCGCGCAAAAUUGCCCACUCCUGGCGGCAGCUCAAGCCGUUCGACCUCCCCACUCCCCGCCUUCCCCGGUCGCAGCCGCACUAACACGAAUCCCAACCCGAGUACGCAUGGCCGCAACGGCUCCCUCGUCGUUGCUUCUCCCACCGUUCCCACCAAGUUGCCCCCGCGGCCCUCGACGACCAACGCCACACCCGCCUCGAGCCAUCCGUAUGCUACAGCACAGGCGCAGACUCCCGAUAGCGCGCUGUCCCCCAUCUCCGAAGCCUUCGGGGUGCAGACACCACAGUCUACUUCCACGAACUCCCCCUCACCCCCUGCGGCAUACACCGUAGGGCGCGGGCCGUUUGCCUUUGGAAACAUGAACCAGACGACGAAGCCGCUCAUUGACAUCAAGAGCAAGAUUCUCAAAUUCAAUCUCCAGGUUCCGGACGAACGAACAUACAACACGUACACCAUUGAUGUGUCUAAAUGUGCUGGCGGAGUGGAGGUGAUUGAGCGCGUACUGAAGAAGGCGGGCAAGCGCAAUGGCUCGGAGAACAAGAUCCCACCAGAAAACGUACAAACUGACGGGGAGGGGCUCUUCGUCGAUGGGUGGGCGGUAUACAUGACGAGCGACGCCGUUGAACCGCUUACUGAGGCCGAACUUUUGACCAUCUGCCACGCACCCGGAGACCAUCCCGUUCGCGAGAACGGGCUCACGCUUCGCAAAGCAACCGCGCGACCACGGCAACAGCACGGACGUUUCCUCUCAGUCUCUUCCGCUGCUUCGGGUAUACGCAACACGAAGCGUGCCAGCACGCUUUCCGUCCUCUCAGGCCUCGGCGUGCACGACACGAUCCCCGCUCCCGAGGAUGCACCCGUUCCCGAGCCCGUCGACGAAGCGUUGUCUGGAAAACGUCCAUCCAAGCUGCGCCACUUCUUCGGGCAGCGCCCGCCGAGCGAACUCAUCACGACGCACCUGACUGAGUACUUCCCGAACGCGGAGCGCAAGGUGCUCGCGCGUACGGCGCGGAACAGCAUGAUGCGCAUGCAUACACCGUCGCUCUCGAAGCGGGACUCCAGCGCUGCGUUCAGUGCACUGUCGUCGCGCUUUAGCAGCAGCACAGUGGGCUCGGGGAGCGCGGGUACGAGGGCGAGUAUGGCGUCCGUUGCGCCGCCGCCGCCUCCGGAGAAGAACAGGCAGCCCACUCCGACGGCGUUCACGCCUGAGGAGCUGCCCCGGAUGUCGCUUUCGACAGAGGACGGGAGCUCAGUUUCGCUCGACGGACAGGACGGGCCUUCUGAGGAUGCACCGAAACUGCUACCACCGAUUCCCUUCCCGACUGAAUCGUUCUCGGAGGGCUUAGAGAACUUCACAGCCGGCUCGGAGGACGGCAGCCGUUCUGCGCGCCCACUGUCGCGGCGUAUGAGCUACAUGACCGAGUUGCGGAGCAAGCGCGAUGUAUCCGACACGGCGAGCCUGAUGACAGUCGACGAAAUCACCGCUGAGGUUGAGAGCCGGAGCCUCAAGAGCCGGCGGGAGAGCCGGAUGACGGAGGGCGGCGACGAGGACGGCGACGAGUCCCCUGACACGGAAGACUGGACGGAAGUCGAGCCAGACAGCCAAGGCGAGUCGGCGACACUGAUGGAGAGCGAGUUCGAUGAGGAGGAGGAGGAAGAGGAGGAUGAGGAUGACGACGAGCCGAAGACCAUGGGCGGCGGGGAGGAUGAUGUGAAGUGGAUCAAGGGCGCGCUCAUCGGUGCCGGCUCAUUCGGGAAGGUGUACUUGGGCAUGGAGGCGGAGAGCGGGCUUCUCAUGGCGGUCAAGCAAGUUGAGUUGCCGACAGGGUCUGCGCCGAAUCUCGAGCGCAAGAAGAGCAUGCUCAGCGCUCUUGAACGUGAGAUCGAGCUCCUCAAGGACCUGCAGCAUGUGAACAUCGUGCAAUACCUCUACUCUUCCUUGGACGAUGACCACCUGAACAUCUUCCUGGAGUAUGUGCCAGGUGGUAGCGUGACGGCUUUGUUGCGCAACUACGGCGCUUUCGAGGAACCGCUAGUCAAGAACUUCGUCCGGCAAAUCCUUUGCGGCCUCGACUACCUCCACGAAAGGGAUAUCAUUCAUCGCGACAUCAAGGGCGCGAACAUCCUUGUCGACAACAAGGGUGGCGUGAAGAUCUCCGACUUUGGUAUCUCCAAGAAGGUGGAAGACACUUUAUCGAACUCAAACCGUAUGCACCGCCCCUCGCUGCAAGGCUCUGUCUUCUGGAUGGCCCCCGAGGUCGUAAAGCAGAGCGGACACACGAAGAAGGCCGAUAUCUGGAGCGUUGGCUGCCUGAUCGUCGAGAUGCUCACGGGUGAGCAUCCGUGGGCGCAGUUGACCCAGAUGCAGGCUAUCUUCAAGAUCGGGUCGUCCGCCAAGCCGUCCAUCCCGACCGACAUCACACCGGAGGCAGAGGAUUUCCUGCAGCGCACUUUCGAGCUGAAUCACGAGGCGCGGCCGACAGCGGCAGAGUGCUUGCAGCUUCCAUGGCUGCUCACCACGAAGUCGACAAGUGCGCUGGCCAAGGCGGCGGCGAAAGCGGCUGCUGCGGGCGGGGAGGUCAACAUAUAACCCUUACGACCGUGUACGUCGUUUCGUUCUACAUCCGCUGAAUUAUGGAUUUCUUCCUACUUCCCUGUUCUUCUCUGUGGACCAUAUAUGCCCCAUGAGCUCGUCUCUUAAUUCUUCGUUGUAGAUACAUUCUCCUCUAGUCUUCCUCGAUGCCACCCGCGCGUCCUGUUUGUCUAAUUAUGUCUGCGGUCGCACUCUUCUUUACCUUUGUAUCAGGUCUACAUACUGCUUUGGACGACUCGCUGUAUUCUGGGAACCACCGAGUACCAAUUGUUGGUUUUGUUGGGCGUCAUGCUGAGGACAAUCAUCUUCAAUGUGGCGCGGAUCGGAAUUUGCCGCCUGACGAAUUGCCAUAGGUGGCGACAAUGGAAGCGUUG